AUGUUGCCAUGGAUUACUCUGAAGAAACCAGUUAAUAAAGCAGAGAGCCUACCAGCAGCAGCAGCUGAAAGCCCUGAUAGGGGAAAGCUUACUGAAAUUACAGAAAACAGUGAAGCGCCUAUAGACAUAAGCCUUCCAGAACCUGGAAGUGACACAUUCGAUGUGUUCAGCUAUAUGGAGUCUAUAUUGACAUCACAUAAAACGCCUAAGAAUCAGAAACGUAAAAAGGUACAACGUUAUGCAAUGUUUGAAGAGAUUAUGAAUGAUGAUGAUGAUGAUGCAGAAGGAUUGACACAACAGUUGUUGGCGCUUCAAACAAAUUACCAACACUCAAAGUGUAAUUUGGUGCGGUAUGAACCGAUAGAAGAUAGUGAGGAGAAAGAUGCUACAUCAAUGCAGUCUGAGAUGGAAACUUCUACUAUCCAACUGCAGACUUCAGAACCCAGGGAACCAGAGAGUUUGGUGCGGUAUGAACCGAUAGAAGGUAGUAAGGAGGAAGAUGUGACAUCACUGCAGUCUGAGAUGGAAACGUCUACUAUCCAACUGCAGACUUCAGAACCCAGGGAACCAGAGAGUGAUGUACAAAUUGUACGGAUUGAACCACCUAAUGAGGAUGGUGAACUCACUUUGCAAAUAGUGAAGGAAAGCAUUCCCGUCCCACAACAGCCUUCAGAACCUGAGACUGAAGAUGUUGUCAAGAAAAGUGAAUCUGCAUUGAAAGAGGACCUAUUUUUCUAUUUCUUAUUGUCGUAUGCUAAUAUGCUACAGAAAUAUUCCUCAGCACUAGCAGCAUAUGUUAAGCAACCUUCAAAACCUGAAUGAGAAGAGUAACCUGUGAAUACUGAACCAACCGAAGACACUUGCUUGAUGACAGGGGUGCUUCGCCAAUGAGGCGAGUUGAGGCUGUCGCUUAAGGUGGCAGCGCUCCACUAGGUACCGGGGGGCAGCAAAAAUGCUGCUCCUGGUACUUUAGGAGCAAAUUUCUGGGGGAGGGGGGGCAGCAGCAACUGCUGCUGCCUCAGGCGGUGGAGGGGCCAGGAUCGCCCCUGCUUGAUGAGCAUGGAGAAUGAUGAGCAUGGAGUAGAACAGAGAAAACCUCAGUGAACUGAACUGAGAUGAAUAAAUAACUUUAUUUUUUAAAAUAAA